CGCGCACGCUCGCGCUCCCGGAGCCCGCGCCUGCGCCUCGUCGCCAUUCGCGCUGCCGCGCUGCAGGGCCUUGGAGCUGGCGGGCCCGCCAGCCCGCACGCCGCCCGCGGCCAGCUGGUUCAACUUCUCGUCUUUGUCCUUCUUCAUGUACUGUAGGCUAUUUUUUUGGUUUCGUCAAAAAGCCAUGUAGACUUGCCUGACCUUUGAAGACUGCUUUUAAGACUUCUCAUAAGACAAUUGCACUGUUGAAAUUUUUAAAGAAUAUAAUCGUGUGUGUUGUAACAGAAGGAAAAUGGAAGUAUUCCAGGAGCUUCACAAGCCAUCAGCACGUUUGGAGUGUGACCACUGCAAUUUCAGGGGGACAGAUUAUGAAAAUGUGCAGAUCCACAUGGGCACCAUCCAUCCAGAAUUUUGUGAUGAAAUGGAUGCUGGUGGGUUAGGAAAAAUGAUAUUUUACCAGAAAAGUGCAAAGCUAUUUCACUGCCAUAAAUGCUUCUUCACCAGCAAGAUGUACUCUAAUGUAUAUUACCACAUCACGUCCAAACAUGCAGCCCCAGAGAAAUGGAAUGAGAAACCAAAAAAUCAGUUAAACAAAGAGACAGAUCCUGUGAAAAGCCCUCUUUCUGAACACCAGAAAAUGGCCUCUAACUCAGCAGAACCGAAACCUACACCUGCCCUUUCCAUGGAAACACAGAAACUUGGCCCAACUUUGUCUCCAGAAUCACCAAAACCUCCUGUUGCUUCCCUGGAGCCUCAGAAGCCUGGCCCUGUUGUCUCUCCAGAACCACAGACACCUCUUCCUUCUCCUGAACCUUCUCCAAAAUCUGCCCCUAUUUCUUCUCCAGAACCUCCAAAACCAGUCCCUCUUGUUUCUGAAUCUCAGAAACCCGUCCCUGUCCCUUCUCCAGAACCACAGAAACUUUCUCCUGUAUCUCCUGAGCCAGUAAAGGCUUCUCUUAUUAAUCCCAAACCCCAGAAACACUCCCAUUUCCCAGAAACAUUGGGGCCGCCUUCAGCCUCAUCUCCAGAGUCACCAGUUCUAGCUGCCUCCCCUGAACCUUGGGGGCCAUCCCCAACUGCAUCUCCAGAGUCUCGGAAGCCGGCCCGGACUCUCUCCCCUGAGCCAAGGAAGCCAUCCCCAUCGGAGUCUCCUGAACCUUGGAAGCCAUUUCCUGCCGUCUCCCCAGAGCCUAGGAGACCAGCUCCAUCUGUGUCACCAGGUUCUUGGAAGCCAGGGCCGCCUGGGUCUCCCAGGUCUUGGAAAUCCAGUCCUUCGGUGUCAUCAGGACCUUGGAAGCCAGCUAAACCUGCUCCAUCUGUGUCUCCUGGACCUUGGAAACCAAUUCCUUCUAUAUCACCUGGGCCUUGGAAGCCAUCUCCCUCUGUGUCCCCUGCAUCCUGGAAGUCUUCAUCAGUCUCUCCUGGUUCCUGGAAAACUCCCCCAACGUCUCCUGAGUCGUGGAAGUCGGGCCCACCAGAACUCCGAAAGACAACGCCCACCUUGUCACCUGAACAUUGGAAGACAGGUCCCCCCGUGUCUCCUGAGCUCCGUAAAGCAGGACCACCCUUGUCUCCUGAGCUUCGCAAACCAGGCCCACCACUGUCCCCAGAGGUCCGUAGUCCAGCUGGAUCUCCAGAGCUCAGGAAACCCUCAGGGUCUCCGGAGCUUUGGAAAUUUUCUCCUGAUCAGCGGAAGACUUCUCCUGCUUCACUUGAUUUUCCUGAGUCCCAGAAAAGUUCCCGUGGUGGUUCCCCUGAUCUCUGGAAGUCUUCCUUUUUUAUUGAACCUCAGAAACACGUCUUCCCUGAGACCCGGAAACCUGGUCCUUUGGGGCCAUCUGAGUCCCCUAAAGCAGCCUCUGAUAUCUGGAAGCCUGUUCUCUCCGUGGAUGCUGAGCCUAGAAAACCUGCCCUGUUUUCGGAGCCUACCAGAACGGCCCCUCCUGCUUCUCCUGAACCACGAAAACGCGCUCUUUUUCCAGAGCCCCGGAAACAUGCCCUUUUCUCUGAUCUUCCCAAAUCAGCUGUGUUCUCAGAGUCUCAGAAGGCAGCCGAGCUUGGUGAUGAACUGCAGUCAGAUGCCAUAGAUGAUCAAAAGUGUGAUAUUCUAGUUCAGGAAGAACUACUCGCUACACCUAAGAAACUCUUAGAAGACACUUUAUUUCCUUCCUCAAAGAAGCUCAAGAAAGACAACCAAGAGAACUCGGAUGCUGAGCUUAGCAGCAGUGAGUAUAUAAAAACAGAUUUAGAUACGAUUGAUAAUAAGGGCCAGGAAUCAAGCAGUGAUCAAGAGCAGGUUGAUGUGGAAUCUAUUGAUUUUAGUAAAGAGAACAAAAUGGACAUGACUAGUCCAGAGCAGUCCAAGAAUGUACUACAAUUUACUGAAGAAAAAGAGGCUUUUAUCUCAGAAGAAGAGAUUGCAAAAUAUAUGAAGCGUGGAAAAGGAAAGUAUUACUGCAAAAUUUGUUGCUGUCGUGCUAUGAAAAAAGGUGCCGUUUUGCAUCAUUUGGUUAAUAAGCAUAAUGUCCAUAGCCCUUACAAAUGCACAAUUUGUGGAAAGGCUUUUCUUUUGGAAUCUCUCCUUAAAAAUCAUGUAGCAGCCCAUGGGCAAAGUUUACUUAAAUGUCCGCGUUGCAAUUUUGAAUCAAAUUUCCCAAGAGGCUUUAAGAAACAUUUAACUCAUUGUCAAAGCCGGCAUAAUGAAGAGGCAAAUAAAAAGCUCAUGGAAGCUCUUGAACCACCAUUGGAGGAGCAGCAAAUUUGAUAUAUCCAUGGUGUGGACAUAUGCUCUACAAAGUUGUGUGUUCAAAGUGUAGUUAAAUAGCCUAGUUGGAUCAGUAAAUGUUGAUGUGUGUGGUGUGCUGUGUUUAAUUGUCUCGUAGUGUUGCAAAGAAUAAGCAUUUGGUUGUUUUUCUCAUGGUCUCUGUUUAUGUGGCUAUCUUGUAAGUCAAUAAAUUCAUACUGUAUAUUUCAGAUGGAUAAAAUUUAAGUAUGUUUGAAUAAUAUGAAGAGGUCGACAUUCCAUUUAACAAUCAAGAGCAAGUUGUACUUAAUUUAAAACAUCUAACAAAAGUGUAUCUUGUGAAACUAAUUUCAAAGAAUGGAAAUUAUUAGUUGGAAUGUUCAAGAAUUAGGCAUUAAAAAUAUGAGAAAUUUUGUUCUCUUAUGUAUUUUCAAAUCAUAAAAGUUAUUUUGAAGUUUCUAUUUGAUCAUAUAAAAUUAUUUAUAAAUCUUGAACAGUUUCUACAUGUUUAUUAGCUUUUAUGUCAUGGAAAAAUUGGAGUCUCAGGGUUGCAUAUUUUCUGCUGAAAGGGGGAAAAUUGAGUAAGUUUAAAGAAUAGAUUGCAGCCUUCUCCUCUAGGAAACUGAGAAAGGUGAGAGUGAUUUUAGUUCUUUCCCUUGGAGUCUUCCAUUCUGUACCUUACCCCGAGAUCUGGCCCUUCAUUUCCCUGUGAGCUCACGCCAAUAGAUGAUCCUUAAUUGCCAAAUGUGUUGGAGUUGUACCUCCUCCUCCUGGGCCUUCCACCUGUUGGGGCUUCAGCUUCAGACCAGGGUAAUGAGUAGGAACUGAACGUCUUCCAGAUUCACAAUGGAAAAUUUUAUAAAUACACAUUUCUGUUUGAGAAUACAUUGAUUUUAUGUUUUUCACAGUUGUUGCUGUAAAUACCUUGUGCCUGUUCAUGGAUUAUUUUAUUCUAAAAUAUUUUGUCAAAUGUGUAUCCACCAAAUUAAAAGCAAAUACUUUCA